AGGUGAGGCUGCGCUGAUAGUCACAGAGAGCGGCGGCGGUGACGACAAGGAGGUGCUGCUGGAGCUCAAGCGGUUCCUGAUUGCCAACAACAAGGUCAACCACGGCGGCUACGAGGCGUGGCAGGAGUCCGACCCAUCGCCGUGCCUAUGGAGAGGUGUCGGUUGCAACAGGGGCGGCCGCGUCACCUCGCUGAACCUGACAUGCUCGACCAUAUCCGGUCCAACAUUCGGGAACUUCUCACGGCUCUCAGUGCUCAUGUCGCUCGACCUCUCUGACAACUCCAUCAUCGGCGCUCUCCCAGUGAGUGACCUCAACCAAUGUCACGGCCUUGUGCACCUCAACAUCUCCCACAACCUCAUCACCGGGUCGCUGAAUGUGUCUGGACUGACCAAGCUUCGGGUGCUCGACGUGUCGGCUAACAGGCUCGAGGGCGGCAUCGCCUUCAAUUUCCCGGCGAUAUGCGCUAACCUUACCUUACUGCACUUGUCCACCAACAACAUCACAGGUAACAUCACCAACAUGUUAGAGGGUUGCGCCAGGCUGGAGUAUGUCGACCUCAGCUCGAACAACUUCGACGGCGAGCUCUUGCCCGACGUCGCAAGAUUCAGGAAAUUCAGCAUCGUUGAGAACAACAUCACCGGGAGCGUUCCAUGGAGCAUGUUUCCUAAUGGAUGCAAGCUCCGGUCCUUAGACCUCUCUGCCAACCAGCUGGUGGGGAGCUUCCCGGAUUCCAUUGCGAAAUGCACGAAUUUGACGUACUUGUCGCUGUGGGGGAAUAAUUUCGCUGGAAUGGUACCUGCCGGAAUUGGGAAGCUCGCGUCCCUUGAGGCGUUGGUUCUUGGGAAGAACAGGUUCGACAGGCAGAUACCGCAUGAGCUAACAAACUGCGUGCGCCUUCAGUUCUUGGACAUCAGUAGAAAUAUGUUUGGUGGCAACGUGCAGGAGAUUUUUGGCAACUUUAUGAGCUUGAAGUAUCUUGUGCUUCACCACAACAACUACACUGGCGGCAUCGUGGCCUCCGGCGUGCUCCGACUACCACUGCUUGCUAGGCUCGACCUUAGCUUCAAUGAGUUCACCAGCGAUCUCCCACAAGAGGUGGCCAACAUGAAGAGCCUCAAAUACCUGACGCUCGCUGAUAACAACUUCUCUGGUAGGAUACCUCCGGAAUACGGCCGGCUAGCGGAGCUCCAGGCGCUGGACCUGUCUAAUAACACCCUCUCAGGAGGAAUCCCCGCGAGCAUUGGGAAUCUCACGUCACUCCUUUGGUUGAUACUAGCGGGGAACCAACUCUUUGGUGAGAUACCGCCUGAGAUCGGCUACUGCACCAGCUUGCUCUGGCUGAACCUGGCGGACAACCAGUUGACCGGCAAUAUACCGCCUGAGAUGGCAGAGAUGGGGAGGAAU